GCCAGUCUGGUUGUCAUGGCGACGGCGCGGUUGGCCUGGGCCCUACGGGCCACCUCCGUGGGGGGAAGGCUGCGCGGUCCCCGAGGCCCUGGGGGUGCCCGGAGACUGAGCGGCAGCGCACGACGGCGGACGGCCAGGGGCGCCAGUCCGGGUCGCCGGCUCAGCACCGCCUGGGCGCCGGCCCAGCCCGCACGGGAAGGGCCCGAGGGCGCCGAGGACGACCUCCGCUCGCCUGCCGCGGAAGAGCAGGAGUGGACACCGCCCCCGGCGCCGCCGGGCCCUCCCGACCCCCCGGGGCCCCCGGCCGGCCGCUCGCUGGUGCAACGAGAUAUCCAGGCCUUUCUGAACCAGUGCGGAGCCAGCCCCGGGGAGGCGCGCCACUGGCUCACGCAGUUCCAGACCUGCUACCACUCCGCAGACAAGCCCUUCGCAGUCAUCGAGGUGGACGAGGAGGUACUCAAGUGCAGUAGCGCCGUAUCCAGCUUGGCCUUUGCCCUGGCAUUCCUGCAGCGCAUGGACAUGAAGCCCCUGGUUGUCCUAGGGCUGCCCGCUCCCACGGCGCCCUCCGGCUGCCUUUCCUUCUGGGAGGCCAAGGCACAGCUGGCCCAGAACUGCAAGGUGCUGGUGGAUGAGCUGCGGCACAACGCUGCCCCUGCCGUGCCUUUUUUCGGCGGCGGCUCGGUGCUGAGCGCGGCUGAGCCCGCCCCUCACGCCAGCUACGGCGGCAUCGUCUCCGUGGAGACCGACCUGCUACAGUGGUGCCUGGAGUCCGGCAGCAUCCCCAUACUGUGCCCCAUCGGGGAGACGACGGCGCGCCGCUCCGUCCUCCUCGACUCGCUGGAGGUGACCGCGGCUCUGGCCAAGGCGCUACAGCCCACCAAAAUCAUCUUCCUCAAUAACACAGGAGGCCUGCGCGACAGCAGUCAGAAGGUCCUGAGUAACGUGAACCUGCCGGCCGACCUGGACGUGGUGAGCAACGCCGAGUGGGUGAGCACCAAGGAACGGCAGCAGAUGCGGCUCAUCGUGGACGUGCUCAGCCGCCUGCCGCACAGCUCCUCGGCCGUCAUCGCCGCCGCCGCCACGCUGCUCACCGAGCUCUUCAGCAACAAGGGGUCUGGGACCCUGUUCAAGAACGCCGAGCGGAUGCUGCGGGUGCGCAGCCUGGACAGCCUGGACCAGCGCCGCCUGGUGAACCUGGUCAACGCCAGCUUCGGCAAGAAGCUCCGGGACGACUACUUGGCCUCGCUGCGCCCGCGGCUGCACUCUGUCUACGUUUCUGAGGGGUACAACGCGGCCGCCAUUCUGACCACGGAGCCCGUACUGGGAGGCACCCCAUAUCUAGACAAGUUUGUGGUGAGCUCCAGCCGCCAGGGACAAGGCUCGGGCCAGAUGCUCUGGGAGUGCCUGCGGCGGGACCUGCAGACGCUUUUCUGGCGCUCCCGCGUCACCAACCCCAUCAAUCCCUGGUACUUCAAACACAGUGAUGGCAGCUUCUCCAACAAGCAGUGGAUCUUCUUCUGGUUUGGCCUGGCUGAUAUCCGGGACUCUUAUGAGCUGGUCAACCAUGCCAAGGGGCUGCCGGACUCCUUCUGCAAGCCAGCUUCUGACCCAGGCAGCUGACCCUCACUGCCUGCCCUUCAGGCCCUGGGACAACCAGGGUGAACCAAAGUCAUGCCUGCUGGAGGUGAUCCCAGGCAGCCACAGGCUGGACCAGGCUUGGUGGCUAAGUGAUCUGCAGAGAAGGAAGCGGCUCCUACUCUACUCUGUCCAGAGGGGGGCGCCUAAGAGGGGACAAGCCCAGGAAGAAGGGUGUGUCCAAGACAACCCCGACCCUCACCACUGGCUCCAUAACUAUAACCAGAUGGCCUUCCUUUUUCAGUCUAGAGAUUUGGGAAGCCAGGGUCGAAGGCUUGCCGGUUUGCCUUCUAGAGCUCUCCUCAGAGCGAACCUUAAAGGUGGGCCAGUCUCUGUGGCCUCCGUUCUGUUUUGAGGCUCCCUUAUCCGAAAUAUCACCCCCAUUUGCUUGAUAUUCCACCACGUACUUUAAUUCGUUUGGGUCUUACGACUUUUCAGGAGGCCUUGAUUAAAACACAAAUACUUGUCUGAGAGUCAGCUCA